AAAAGUUUAAAUUUUGAAAGCACGUGUUGUAGCGGCAGUCAAUAAUCGAUAAGUGUUAGAAAAACAUGGAAGGAUACUGUAAUCCUAGUUCGAUCUACCAUGUUUGAAGUGUUAACAAGUGCAAUAUAAUCAGACACAACGUGCUUGUAUGAUUGUACGGAUUUAGUUUAUAAUAAGUUUAAACAAUCCUAAAUUAUUGCAAAUAUUGGGUGUAGUUAUUGUGUAUACAAAGUUUGUGAUCCUACAGUUAUCUGUAAAAAUGAAGUUUUUCACGGAAUCUGCAGCACGUUGUGCAGCUCGUAUAGGCACAUUGUCUGAAAUAGAAAGAAUGCCUGACCUCAUUUUUGAAACACCCUUAUUGUUAAUUUAUACAAAGAGAGGUUGCGUACCUCACUUGACUAAAGAUGUUCUUAAGAUGGUAACCACUGAACAACAGUUUCUCUCCGUGUCUCUACCUUCGACAAUUACUAUGGCUGAAUUUGUGAAACAGACUCCUUCGUUUACAGAUUUUGUUAGCAUGCAGGAGUAUCCUACAUUCCUCUCGAUUAAUGAUCCUGCAGAAACCACUACAUCUGGUCAUCAAGAAAAACAUUCCAUUUCAAUAUGGGCAAAGCAUGGAAGGCACAUUUUAUCACCAGAUUCAUAUAUGGAUAUAGUAGAAACAUUCAAACCUGAUAUGUACGUUGCUUUAUGUGAUGGAGACACAGAUGAAAAAAGUAGUGCAAAACGUAUCUCAAAAUCAAUAGAACGAAGUAAAACUCAACUGGAGACAUGUUUAUUACGACAUAAUAGCUCAAACACUAUAAAAUCAAAGGGCAUAUUGGGAGCUAUUGAGGGUGGUUACAAUUUACAUGCUAGAGAGAGGUGUAUAAACUACCUAAAAGAUAAAACCCUUUUAGGGUAUGUUAUAGAUGGAUUGCAUAAGAAUGGACCACAAGUACAAAAAAUAAAUACAGACCAAAUAAGAAAUGUGAUAGAACAUACCAUAAAUCUUUUGCCCACUGAUAAAUUAAGAGUUUCCAUGGGCAGUUGGAACCCAGCUACACUUGUUGAUCUAAUUGACAUGGGAGUAGAUGUGUUUGAUUCUUCGUAUGCAUAUUUGGCUACGGAGAAGGCAACUGCAUUGACUUUUCUAUGUGAUCAUCAGCCUACUGACAAUCACCACACAUCUUAUGUCAUAUCAGUGGCAGAAGAUAAGUAUGCUGAUGAUUUUACCCCGAUAUGCAAGUCAUGUGAAUGCUUAGCAUGUCAAAAGUACACUAGAGCCUAUCUUCACCAUUUAUGUCACUGCAAGGAACUCUUACUAUUAGUACUUUUAAUGAUACACAAUACGCAUUAUUAUCUUCAAUUCUUCAAAACCAUUCGAAAGCAUAUAAAGGAAGGUACGUUUAAAGAAUUUCAAAAGAAGAUACAUUUGAUUUAUGACAAAAAAGAAGAAAGCUGAAACUUAGAUAUUAUUUAUUUAAAUAAAAAUGAAUAUCAUGAAAAUUACAUGAACAAUUACAAAUAAUAUAUAAAAUACUAUUCUGGUAAAAAGUUUGGAUCUAAAUAAUUAUAUGAGGAACUAUUAAAGCUUUGUGGAAAAUA